AAGAACUCUAAAUAUAGCUCGACGAGUAUCGAAAUCGAUCUAAGCCUCCCUCCUGUGGUCGUAUGUCCUGUUUUUUCGUCAGUGUCUCGUCGUCACCCACCAUGAUGGACAUGUUCCCCUCGGCCCGGUAUACUAGAAAUUCUCAUUUGUAUUGCCACAUGAUGUGUAGAAGUUUCCAGCGACGGGCCCUCCUGCUCUCCAUCGGUGCCGCGCUCCUCACCAUUUGUUCCAACCCGGCCUCGGCUCGUCUGGAGUUUACCGCGCUAGCACCAUCCGAGGAGGAACAUCAUGCUUCGCACCGAGCCGCCCCCACACCCGGCACGAAGGAGAGUCUGCUCCAGCAACAGGAGGAGCUCCAGGAGCAGCAGGAGAAAGAAGCCGAGGUGGAGGAAAUCGAGCAGCAGCACACCUAUCUCACCUCCGAACAGAUUUCUGCUGAAAUAAGGAAAAUCGUCGAUCAAGAUCCGGAAAAGCGAUUUACCGUCGAACGACUUUCCGACGAAGCCUGGACGUCAACGAGCGAAAACCAAAACGUCGGCAUUGACGUAGUCCAUUUCCAACCGAACGCAGUAAACUCUUCUCCAAACGGUAAGAAAGCGUUUUUCCUGUUCGGGUUACACGCACGAGAAUUGAUUUCCUCGGAGACGGGGCUGCAGUUCCUGAAGUCGCUGCAGCAAAACGGGUCGCCGUUCGAGGUAAAGCUGAUUAUCGACGUCAACCCGCUCGGGAGGCGACAAGUGCUGAACAAGCAAGGGUGUCAACGCUACAACGAGAACGACAUCGAUUUAAACCGGAAUUUCGACUCGGGCUUCGGCCAAUCGGACGACGAUGUGAAUCCGACAGGGAGCUCGGCGUUUUCCGAACCAGAAGCGAGGAUUUUGAGAAAGGUGCUUUCUAAAAUUUUUUUAUUCAUUGCCUGGCAUGGUGACACAGAAAUGCAUGGCAGAAAUGAUUUCAAUUUCUUGGUAUACCUCUUUAUUUGCGCAUGUUGACAAGUUUGUGAAAAGCACUAGCAUUUCAACAUUCUCGUUCUUUGUCAGGUCCUGGAAACAUUCGACUACGAUAUCUGGAUCGACAGCCACACGGGCGAGUACAGCAUGCUCCUCCCCCUGGCUUACACGCAGGACCUUCUGCCCGAGUACGAUGCAAAGUUGCUUCCCUUAGGGCAGUACCUCAAUCAGGUUGACCCGGAUUUGCAACUCAACUACGGCUCCAUGCCACGACUGACGCGGACCACGGUGGGUGGCAGCUGCCUCGACUUCGCCACGGGGCUGAUGCGGAAGCGGGGGAAGGUAUUGAGAUAUCUGGGUCGUAGUUUUUGUUUUAGCGAGAUCAAUGAUCUUCACGAGAUGGCUGUUCUUGCUGUUGCUGCAUCAUGACACAUGACAGACACAAGAACUCCCUUUCCUUGUAUUGAGCCUAAGCGUCGACAAGCAACAUCAUGACCAUAAACAAACUCUUUAGGUUCCCUAUGCCAUGGCGUUCGAGAUGUACGGUCGCUCUCCGUCGGACAAGAACUCGAUCUACUACCAAAUAUCAAAUGCAAAUAUGUCUGGGAAUGGAAGGAUCCAACUUGUCAUGCUGUUUUUGGACUCUAAAAAAAUUUGUAUUGCAUGACCAGCAAGAGGGGUACAGUUUGUGCUACACGGGCAGGGCGUUUCUCAUGCGGAAGGUGCAUCAGGAAGCCCUCUAAAAGUCUGCGAAGAUGCUAGGUCAUGCAUUACAGGCAUCAUGGGUCAUCAGAAAUAUGCAUGACAAAUUUUGCAUUCUUCCAGACCCAGACACAUUUGCAUUUGAUACCACAUCUUCAACGACAAAGACUACGUGGAGAGCCAGGGAAAAAACAUCCACUUCUACGACAACCCAGGCAAAAACGCCUGGGUCCGAGCGGAAAGAAGCGGAGAUCAGGAAUGCAUGCACAACAUGUAUAUAGUUUUAAGUUGUUGUUCUCUGGAUAUUCGUGCUCCAUCUUUCUGCAUUGCUUUGCAUGCGCCGCAUGGCAGGUAGUAUUUCUUGUGCUACGUCAGCAUGACAAUGUUAGUGUCAAUAUCACCUUCCCGUAAAUUGAUUAUCAUUCCUCAGGUUUUCCCCUACCUACGAGCAGGAUUGUGGCAAAGUGUGGUCGACGUUCGUGCCGGUUUACUACAACAUCCUUGAAAAAAUCUGUGCACAGGAAGGCUGGAGCUACAAAACAAAUCAAGCUACUACACCGGUGGCCCUGACCAAGGACCAGGAGGACGAAAAUUACCGAAAACAGUUGAACGCCGAGUAUGUGAAGAGCAUGCGGGAAAAACGAACAAAACGGCUUGGAGCUGCCUCGAAGGAGGGAGAACCGGCGUACAGUCCAAGCCUAGAGGAGGACGACGAGUUGUUGGACGGAGCAGAAGAGAAGGGCGAGGACCUGGUGUUGCAAGACAACAGAAACAGAGAAGAAGACGGCACUAGUACUUCUUCGAACGGGAACGCCGCGCCAUUCUCUAAUGGAGCUGCUGCCGGCGAUUCUACAAGUGGUGCCAGUGCGACCGUGCGAGCAGCCACCAGCUGGUCCGCGAUGAUGCGUGUGUACACGGCCGCCUUGUCCCUCUGCCUCCUGCUGCUCAUCGUCGGGCACUUCCUCGGGUGGCUGCAGCCGUUCGCGAAAAAACUCGCCCGGGUGCGGAACUACUACCAGCAGCGGAUGGACUUUUACAAAAAGAAGAACGGCUUCAGCAACUUCAAUGACGAGAGCCACGCGAUCGCCACCGGUCUGCAGGACUUGUCCACCGGCUACUGGUCGGACGAAGACCACAACCGGCACCACGGUGGGGAUCAGCACGAGCGGAGCAGCUUGCUUGGCAGCGGCGGUGGGUUGUACAAAAAGUCCUUUUUGCAGUCUUCUACCCCGACGACGCAGUCCUUCCACUCCUCGCAGCAUCUGUAG